AUGGCUGGCGAAUUCGAUCGUCAUCCCUAUCUGCUGACUGUCCAAGAUGUCGCCAAGAAUCUCGGUACGGAUCUGGAUAGGGGCCUUACGGGCGCGCAAGUUGCGCAACUCCAAGAAAAGUAUCCCCCCAACGAACUUGACAUUGGCGGAGCUAUCCCGUGGUAUACCAUCUUCCUGCGGCAGCUUUUCAAUGCUAUGAUAUUAGUGUUGUUCUUUGCCAUGUCUUUGAGUUUUGGUAUAAGCGAUUGGGUCGAGGGCGGCGUGCUUGCAGCCGUCAUCAUUCUCAACGUAUCGAUAGGUUUCUUUCAGGAGUACGGUGCAGAGAAGAAGAUGGAUGCCCUUAGAGCUCUGUCCUCUCCGAGUGCCAAUGUCCUCCGAGAUGGCAAAACCCAGGUUAUCUCCAACUCUGAAGUCGUCCCAGGAGAUGUUAUCCUCCUCAAGAUGGGAGACACCAUUCCUGCAGAUAUGCGGCUAUUUGAGGUUAUGAACCUAACUUCUGACGAGCAAUCAUUGACCGGCGAGUCUGUUCCGGUCGAGAAAGUCGAGUCUCACUUGGACGAUGAGGAACUCGGUAUUGGUGAUCGUAUCAACAUUGCGUACGGGACCACUGUCGUACGGAAAGGUCGUGGCCGUGGUGUUGUCAUCGCUACUGGUAUGCAGACCGAAGUUGGCAAGAUUGCCGCUUCAACAUCCAAGAAGAACAGGAAGGCCGGUCGCUCGAUGAACUACAAAAAAUACGGCAAACGGCAACCAGUAGUCGGGCUGGCAAAGCGUGCUUAUGACUUUUUCGGCAAAUUCUUGGGCCUCACCGAAGGUACUCCGUUGCAGAUCAAGCUCUCGAAGCUAGCUUACAUGCUCUUUGGUUGUGCUCUGCUGCUGGCUGUCAUCGUGUUUGCGGUUAAUCGAUUUGAUAUACCAACCGAGGUCGUCAUCUAUGCCAUCUCUACCGGCAUUGCUAUUAUUCCCGAGUCUCUCGUGGCUGUAUUGACCAUCACUAUGGUUGUAGCCACCACGGUCAUGAGGAAGGCCAACGUCGUAGUCAGAGAUCUAUCUGCGCUUGAGGCCCUUGGUGGCGUGACCAACAUUUGCUCUGACAAGACAGGUACACUCACUCAAGGCGCCAUGAUCGUAAAGAAGGCUUGGAUUCCUGGCAAGACCAUCUACACUGUCCACGACUCGAAGGACCCCAGCGACCCUACCGUUGGCCGCGUUACUUACGCUGAUGCGGAAGAGGACGCAGCUGCUACCGAGCCAGAGAAGAGGGACUACGAUCAAGAAAGAAGCGCCUCCGCGCUGAAGUUCGAUGUCCCUGAUGAGAAACUGAAGCCUAAGCAGAAGAAGCAUGACGGGCCUGAAGCUGAUAUGACCCCCGAGCUCGAGGCGUUCCUGCUUUCUGCUGCUCUUUGCAACCUCGCUACUGUCCGCCAAGAGACCGAGGCCAACGCCGAUGACCGCAAGUGGAAAACCACUGGCGAGCCGACGGAGAUUGCUCUUCAAGUGUUUGCCCACCGGUUCAACAAGGGAAAGAAGACCAUCGAAGGCCAAGGUUGGAAGCAAGUUGCGGAGUUUCCAUUUGAUAGCUCCAUCAAGCGCAUGUCUGUGAUCUACGAUGGAGCUGACAGCGAGAACAGCAUGGUAUUUACCAAAGGCGCUGUGGAACGGAUUAUUGACCUCUGUACUACUGUUGGAAUUGGCGGACAAGCUGAGGAAAUGACGGACUCAUACAAGGAGCACAUUCUGAAGCAGAUGGACGACUUCGCCUCCCAAGGCCAACGAGUUCUUGCCAUUGCCUCACGACCGUGGGACGGCAAGUACCAGGAGAAGUCAUCCAAGGAGGGCGAUGAUGCGGAUAAUGCUCUUCGCCAGCGAGUCGAAUCUGGACUCACUCUUCUCGGGCUUGCCGGUAUCUACGACCCACCCCGUCGUGAAACAACACCUGCAAUCGCCGAAUGUUCCACAGCCGGUAUCAAGGUCCACAUGCUCACCGGCGACCAUCCCGCAACCGCCACGGCUAUUGCAAAGGAAGUCGGCAUCAUCCCGCACGACCUCAGCACCCUGCCAGCAGACCUCGCUGAGUCCCUGAUCAAGAAGGCGUCCGAUUUCGACAAGAUGUCGGAUGCCGAGAUCGAUGCCCUGCCCGAGCUGCCCCUAGUUCUUGCCCGCUGUGCCCCGGAUACCAAGACGCGCAUGAUUGAGGCGCUCCGACGCCGAAACGCCUUCAUGGCUAUGACAGGGGAUGGUGUCAAUGACGCGCCGUCACUAUCAAGGGCAGAUGUCGGUAUCGCCAUGGGCUCCGGCUCGGACGUGGCAAAGUCGGCCGCCAAGAUUGUGCUCACGGACGACAAGUUCAACUCGAUCGUGGCCGCCAUCCGUGAGGGCCGGCGCAUGUUCGACAACAUCCAGAAGUUCAUCCUGCACCUGCUGACGUCCAACGUCGGCGAGGUUAUCCUGCUAAUCUGCGGCCUCGCUUUCCGCGACCAAUCCGGCUACUCCGUGUUCCCCAUCUCCCCCCUGCAGAUCCUGUGGAUCAACAUGCUGACGUCGUCGUUCCCGGCGUUCGGACUCGGCCGCGAGCAGGCCUCACGCGCCGUCAUGCGGAAGCCGCCGCACGACAAGCGCCGCGGCGUCUUCACCAACCAGAUCCUCGUCGACAUGCUGGUGUACGGCCUGCUGAUGGGCGUGCUGACGCUGAUGACGUUCGUCAUCGUCGUGUACGGCGCCAACGGCGGCGCGCUCGGCGCCGACUGCAACAAGGCGUGGUCCGAGAGCUGCCGGCCCGUGUUUCGGGCGCGCGCGACCGUCUUCGCCGAGCUGACCUGGCUGAUCCUGAUCAGCGCGUGGGAGUUCAAGGACCUGCGGCGGUCCAUGUUCGCGCUAAACCCGGACUCGACGGCGCGUUUCCCCUUCUUCCGCGACAUCUACGAGAACCGGUUUCUGUUCUGGGCUGUGGUGAUCGGCGGCCUCUCUGUCUUCCCCGUCGUGUACAUCCCGACGCUCAACACGGCCGUCUUCAAGCACGUGGACAUCUCGUGGGAGUGGGCCAUCGUCGUCGCGGCCCUGGUCCUCUUCGUCGCCGGCGUCGAGCUGUGGAAGAUGGCCAAGCGCACCUUCCGCCUGCUCGAGGACCGCGCCGUCGUCAAGGGCGCCUUCAGCCAAGGCAGCGUCGAGGAGGGCCGCCGCUUCGCGCACACCAUGAGCUUCAGCAGUCUAAAGAGCUGGCGCAGUUUCGGUCGCAAGAACACAGGCGACUCGGGUAUGCACUCUAGGUCUAUGUCGAGGAGCAAGGAGUGA